UUCUAAACGGAGCAAGAGAAAAAACAAAUUACCCAGUCGCCUGUAACUUUCCACCCCUUAGAAAACAAAUUACUAACUUUCCACCCCUUAGAAAACAAAUUUCAACUCCCCAGUCGUCUGUAGAUGCUUGCUUUCAGGAUUUUAAUUGGCAAUCACGUUCUCUCAAAGUCAUGAGCUAUUUCAUGGAAAAUUCUCUCGUCUGUAGAUUGUUUUACUGCUAUCAUACAACUCGCGCUCGUCUCCCACUUCUCAGUCUAAGGUUUCUUCACAUUGAUGGUUAUGGAUCAUUGGUUCAGCAGGUUUCCUGAGUCCUCUGCAAAUGAAUCUGAGUUGGAGAAUGAGAUCAAUCUUUCUACCUUACAAGAAUCACAAGACUAUUCAGACCGCCAUAAGGAUGCCUCGUUGGUCGCACAUGCUUCUACUUUGGACUCCCAACAUGAUCACUACUCUGAUCCCACGCUCAAGUACAUUAGCCAGAUGCUACUGGAGGAUAGUAAUAUCGAUGAGAAUAAUAAUACCAGCUUGUAUUAUGACCCUAUUUCCCUUAGAGCUGCUGAAAAUUUCUUUUAUGACGCCCUCCAUCAAAACCCUUCAUCACCAAAUCAAGAACCUCUUUUUGUUAACAAUAAAUCUGGAAGCCGGGAUAGCACAUUUAGGAGCUCUAGUAGUUGUAACACCGGAUUAUCUAAAUCAUAUGAGGAGAGGUCAAAUCGUACUUCAUUUAGCUUGAAUAGUAUUAUGAAUACCCAAAUGGACUCUUUGAACACUGUUAGUGAUACUGAGUCCAUCUUGCAGUUUAAGAGAGGUAUGGAGGAAGCAAGUAGAUUCCUUCCUUCCGAAUAUCAGUUGCUCCUCAGUAAAGAUAAGGGUUCGGCUGAUUCCUCUAGAGGAAAGAAGCAUCAGCAUUCAUGUGACGCCGGGUUACAGGAAGAAAGGCGCACUAAGCAGUCUGCAGUCUACAAGGAGGAGGAGGAGGUUGAGUUAAUAGAGCUGUUUGAUAAAGUUUUGCUGUUUAGAAAUAACGAGGAUCUUCCAUCUGUAGUUGGAAAGGGCACCCAACGGAAAGGACAAGGUCGUUGGAAGGGAUAUGCAAAGAAACAAGGAAAGACUGGUAAAAAUGUGGAUCUAGAGUCUCUUUUAACCAGCUGUGCACAAUCUAUUGCAGAUGCUGAAUAUAGGAUUGUGGAAGAAAAGCUAAUGAAGAUUAGGAUGCACUCUUCGCCAACCGGAGAUGCAAAUCAAAGGCUGGGCCAUGCAUUUGCAAAUGCUUUUGAGGCACGGUUGGCUGGAACUGGGGCGCAACUAUAUGCGGCACUAUCUUCAAAUACGACCUCCGCUUCUAGAAUGAUAACAGCCUAUCGCACCUACCUUACAUGUUGGCCGUUCUUGAAAAAUUCGUUUUUCUUUGCAAAUACAAUGAUUUAUGAAGUUGCAUUGGAAAGUAAAUCGCUUCACAUCAUAGAUUUUGGUAUUCUUUAUGGUUUCCAGUGGCCCAUUCUUAUCGAGAAUCUAUCACAAAGACCCGGUGGACCUCCUAAACUUCGAAUAACCGCAAUUGAGCUUCCCCAACCUGGUUUUCGUCCGGAAGAAAUGGUACACAAGACUGGUAGUCUUUUGACAAAAUAUUGUGAACGUUUUGGUGUACCAUUUGAGUACAAUGCCAUAACAACACAAAAUUGGGAGACAGUUAAACUUGAGGACUUAAAGCUUGGGAGCAGUGAGAUUGUUGCUAUUAACUGUUUGUAUCGAUUCGAAAACCUACUUGAUGAGACAGUGGGUGUUGCAGAUACUCCGGAUCUCCCUAAGGAUACAGUUCUAAACUUAAUCCGUGAAAUAAAUCCUAAAAUUUAUGUGCAAUCGUUGCUGAGUGGAGCCCACAGCUCUCCUUUCUUUAUAACUCGGUUCCGAGAAACUCUCUUCUUCUACACUGCAGUCUUUGAUAUGUGUGAUGCUACAUUACCCCGCGAUGAUCCUCACAGGUUGAGUUUUGAAGAAGCCAGGGCAUGUGAAAUAAUGAGUAUCUUAGCAUGUGAAGGCAUGGAAAGAUUACAUAGGCCUGAAACAUACAAGCAGUGGCAUUUGCGUAAUUUGAGAGCUGGGUUAAAGCCUAUUCCCAUAAUACCCGAGCUUGCAAAUGAGCUGAAAGACAAGACAAAGGCCGGAUUUCACAAGAAGUUUCUGUUUUUAGUAGACGGUCAUUGGAUACUGCAGGGGUGGAAAGGUAGAGUUUUUAGUGCUAGCUCUUGCUGGGCAUCUGCAUAAUAAGAAACUAAGAAGAUAUAAUAGCAUUGAAGCUGUUCGAAGCCCAUAAGUGAACGGGGCGGUUACGGGGCGGAUUAGUAAAGAACCAAAACCGCGCCAUUAUCCAUUUAAAAAAAUCGGGUAUUCCCCGCCCUGUACCCGUUCCCUUGUCAAACCGGUUUUCCCCGUUUUGACCGGUUCGGUUCGGUGCGGAUAUCCGACGGGUCAGCCGAAAUUGCCAUCUCUAUUCGAAGGUAGCACAUUUGCAUUAUUUGUUACUUAUUGAAAACGUUUCGUACAAUAUUGUUAUCGGUGCAACAUUUUAAGGGGGUAACUUUUACUUUGAAGAAUUUUAAGACCUGAGAUGUCCUGCGGAAAUGCUAUUUGAGAACAUCAAUCAUGGUGGUUGACUGGUUGUCUAGUUUCAGACCCAUUCUCUAAAAAAGUAGCUCGAGGUUGUCAUUUGAUCACGUGAAAGUACAUACUUUUCAUGGUUGUUCUUGGCAUUUUUCACAUGAAACCUUUGUUGACUCUGUCAUUAGCAAAAACCUUGGCAUCUAGGGCUCUCUGGUUUACACUUCAGACCUAUAUAAACAUUGAUUUGCGAUAAACGAGGUUGUUGAUAUAACUUGAAACUGUUCAUGGUCUUGCUUGGGCGUGGCUUGUGUGAUAUAACUCCCCGCCAUGUAUCUUGAAAUCCAACUGCUGGCUCCCAAAAACAUGAAUCCCACAACUUUUUUCCGUUCUCGCUUCUAAGUUUUUCAUUAGGGGUGUUUGGUAAUUGGUCCUUAGUUGUUGGCCUAUUGUUGGCCUAUUGUUUUAGCUAUCUUGAAAUCAAAUUCUGUUGGCUGUUUUGAUCGGCUGAUAUUAUUAGCAGAUAUUAUUAGCAGUUUGUAAAAUGGUGUUUGAUUAAAUGGCUGUUUACGAUUAGCUGCUAACUUAUGAAAUGACCUUAAC